AUUUCCUGGACAAAUCAACAAUCAGAAUGUUUUGCAUUCUAAAUUUUCUACUGCUCCCUCUGGUUGUCUUGGCUCAAGUUGGAAGCUCUUGUGAUACAGAUGGAAUCCCGAACCAAUUCCACUGCAACAUUAAAAAUUUGAAACGUGACGCUCAGAACUACCUCGAGUGGCCUAACUGGUGUCAAGUGUUUCAUGGAAAUUUGCAUUUGAGAGUGAUUAAUUUGAAAGCUGCAAAUUUUGAGAAAUUGCGUGAAAUCCGUGGAACCCUUUCACUAAUCAAUUCUCCAUUCAAUCGAAUGCCUCAAAUGCCAAAUCUUGUCAGUAUUAAAACUCAUAAUUCAUUCCCUGGACUCGUUAUUCUCAACAAUACAAGACUCCGUGAUAUGCGUGGAUUUGUGGAUUGGAAUAAGGAUGUCAAGAUUACGGGAAAUGAAUUUCCAGUUUUUAUUUCUGGAAAUCUGGAAUUGGAUACUGUUAACCUGCCAGAAAUGUUCCACAAACCAUAUUCUCCACUUUCGUGUGAAAAGAGAUUGAUGCCAAAUUAUAAUAUUCAAUUUGCAGAAGGAAUGUCGCUUGCUGCCGUCCUAUUCACAUUGAUCAUCUGUGCUACAAUGUUCCUUCAUCCAUUGAGUAUGGGAAGUACUAACGUCUAUUUUGUGCCUGGAUAUCAUAAAUAUUGAAAUUUGCAAUUAUUUGGAUAAAUUAUUGAUUGUGUG